AUGUCACGAUUAGCUAAAAUCGACGAGGCGAGACUGCUCGCGAAAAAGAAGACACCCGGUUUCGUUGUUGUUGCUCUGUCAGCAUCCCAAAUUUCGGGGAUUCUUAAGAGCGAAUUAAAGAAAUGCUUGAAACUAGACGCGACGGCGUUCGAUGAAAGGAUUCAAGGACAUCUUGUCACCGUGCUUACUCCGGAAACAUCAGACCUGAUUGGUCGCUUGAGGGCUAAUGAGCUUACUUAUCAAGAAGCGAAGAAUAAGGCCACCACGGAGCUUGAUCCGGAGCAUAUUUUUAUGGAGGAAAUAAGUGAACCUGUUACACCUCCAGUAGUUAAACCAGAGCCUGGAUCAAGUAAACCAAAGGAGGAGGUACAAUCAACCAAGACUGCAAACCCAACGCUGAUGAGUGCUGAGGAGGAAUUACGAAAAGCACUUGCCAGAAUUAAACUCGAAGGAGGCGCCCAACAGGAAACUGCAGAGGCCGAAAGACUCCUUGGGGGCACUAUUAAGACGGAGGGAAAAAUGGAUUCAACACCGACUACACAGAAAAGGAAUACAGGAAGCAUGAAACCACAGUCAUUUGGUCUUUCAAUCUGGGAUCCAAGCAAGACAUCGCUCAUCGAUCAUCUAUCUAGCAGUUUUUUGGCUCUCAAGAACGCUAGAAGAGUGGGAACAGAUGAACCGACGCUGUGCAAUAUCCUGCUGCUUUCGCUUCCUGCUAGUUAUUCAUAUUUGGACUCAUUAAUACAAGAUCGAUCGAGCCUGAAGGCUUUCGUGCGACAGAUCCUACGAUUUAUGGGAACUUCAAAUAGCGAUCUCUUAAGUCUUGUGUACGACGCGGUUCGACGACCCUCAGAGAGCCUGAUAUCGUUCUUAGGAAGGCUUAAAAUGCUUACAGAGUUGUCCGACGAAGGAGACACGAACGCAACAGCCAAGAUCCUCUAUCAUAGAGUGCUUAGCUCGGCAAAUGAUUCAACCAGGAUCGAAAUCCGCCGUAUCUUGGAGGACGACUUGGACAAACAGAAGCUUACCUUUGCCAUGCUGCAAGCUGGAAUAAUGAAGGCACAAAAGCUGGCACCGACUACAGACGAACUCGAUCCAGAAACCCAAAAGAUUCUUUCCAUCCAAGAAAGUGCCAAAUCGGUCGAGGGUGACAGCAAGAAGAAUGAGAACGUCGAAGCCGUGCGUAAACCCAGGCCACUCUCCGAAAUAAAGUGCUAUAACUGUCGAUCAUUCGGGCACUAUGCCCGAAAUUGCCCAACUCGACGAAGAGGAACUCGUAGAACUCGAGAAUCCUAUGCCAGAGAGCCGCGUAAUCCGUCCGGGACGGUUACGUUCGCAGAUUCCUAA